AUGCAGCCCAUCUCUCCACCAUCCAAGGAGGAGAUGCUCCAGUUUACCCUCUCCAACCCUGUCGCCUCGACCCUCUCUCCGCGCCUGGGGUCGUUGGCCAUCGCCGGGAGAACAUCCAUCUCCACGCCGCAUGUCCUUCCCUUGUCCUCCCGCGGCGCUCUCCCGCACAUCGCCCACGAUGUCCUGCGCGACCACACCUCCGUCGCCAGUGUGUAUCUUGGCUUGGAAGAUUUCCUAGAAAGGCAACACAUCAAGAGUGAACCCCCCCUCUACAAAAUCCCCACAGCCCCCCAUGAAUCGGCUCUCCGCAACUUCACCUGUCUCCCCGACGAUAUCGGCCUCAUUCUGGGCCCUCGUCGCUUGGAAGCCACCCAGUACGUCGACGCCGUCCGGAGACUGCGCCCAGAUAUCGUCGUCGGCCUGGCCGAUCUUCGACCGGGACAGUCGCCCGGCGUCAAACGCCGCGGCAAGAUGGUCGACCGCACCCAUGCCUACACCAUGCACGCCACCGAGCAGCUCUACGGCAGUGCCAUCCCCGAAAGCAGCCGCUCCCCGGCGGCCUACUUCGCCCCCGUCCUCCCGCUCGACAACACCGAGCAGUCCAUCUACCUCGAAGACCUGGAGCACGACCUGCGAUCGUACCUCUCCGGUCUCGCGCUAUACGAAUCCGCAUCGCUAUCCCUAGUCCCCGACGGGCUCGCCUCCCUCCCGCGCCUACUCCUCAGCGACCCGGAAACCCCGCACGACCUCCUCCGCGACGUCUCACUAGGUGCAGACCUCCUCACGGUGCCCUUCUUGAGCGCCUGCUCCGACGCCGGCAUCGCCCUCGAUUUCGUCUUCCCGGCACCAUCGUCAGAGUCGCCCGGCACGGAAGCGAGAGCGCCCCGUCCCCUCGCCUUCGACCUCUGGUCCACCGACAACCACCCCACCGACACAGGGCCCCUCUCGCCCAACUGCACCUGCUACGCCUGCAAAUCCCACCACCGCGCAUACGUCCACCACCUCCUCACCGCCAAGGAGAUGCUCGCCUGGACCCUCCUCCAGAUCCACAACCUCCACACCAUCGACUGCUUCUUCGCCGGAAUCCGCGAGAGCAUCAGCCGCGGCACCUUCGACGCUGACGCCCACACCUUCCACCGAACCUACGACUCGGAACUGCCCGAAAGGAAGGGCCAGGGUCCACGCCUCCGCGGCCACCAACUCCCCGCCGCAGGACCCUACCAACCCCGCCCCAACCCCCGCUCCUUCGGCCGCCUCGACGACGCCCUGCAAAAGUUCGCCGAGUCGCAGUCGUCCGUCGCUACGCCCGACACGGACGCCGACGGCCUCGAGGAGCAUGGCUUCGCUCAGAAAGAGUCUUCCUAGCUUUUUAUCGCUGGGAAGGGACCAGGAUCGCUGGAGUGAUCUUCACCUAGAUCUGGGUAGAGAUAGAGAUCUGACUGUGACGUAUAUACGAGAUUUGGUAGCGUUGAAUUUGAU